GAAGUAUCUGGUACCACAAACAACAGAAUGAUGAAAUUCGUGAUCGCUUUGUGCCUCGCCCUGGCUGUCGCUGAUGCCACCAAUGUACAACGCUGUGUACACCACUCGGGCGCGCUGCCGCAGAGCACACGCAUCGAGGGCUGCAAUAACCCGCCCUGUGUGCUGCAGCAGCUGCGCGACGCCGUCAUCCACAUGACCUUCAGAGCUCCUCGCAACUUGCAGUCGAUGCGCACACUGGCGACGGCGUAUCUAGGCGCUGUGCCGGUGCCCUACAACCUAGGCAACAAUGCCAACACAUGCAACUUCCUCACCAACACGCGCUGCCCCGUCAGCUCCGGCACCAGCGUCAACUACACCCUUAGAAUGUUUAUCGAGUCCUGGUUCCCUGUGGGUACUUCUGCGACUAUUGAGUUCAGGAUUGUAGACGACAGAAACCAGGCUGUAGUGUGCGUGCGCGUGCCCAUCCGCAUCAGCCGCUCUGGCAAAUUCAUCGACGGCGAGAGCGAACUUCCCCGUGGUAUCGAAGGUCAAUAGACAACGCCAUCUAUCGUAUGAUGUCACAUACCUCCCUAAUGCCAUCUAUUGACAACUCAAGAAACAACUCGCAACUGUGAUUUUUAAAUAAUUGUUUAAUUUUAUAAUUGUAAUGCAUGUAUCAAUCAUUUGUCAUACAUUUUUGAAUAUUUAAAAAGUGGUCUUAAUAAAUUGUUCAUAACACUAAA